AUGUCAAACCCAGAACAGUACGGCAUGGACUUCUACCAAUCUAAUUAUAUCAUUGAUAAUCAGGAACAGAGUUAUGAUUCUAAUGCUUAUGGAGAUGUUUAUGGAUCCAGAGAACCUCAAGCCACUGAGCAACCUCAGUCUUCCUCUCCAAUUCCACCAGAGAUGUUCUUGCCAUCAGAAUAUAGAGGACAGCUUUUUCAGCCAGCAUCCAACUUGGAAUACUACUCACAGUCUUCCUCAGUUGACAGUUUUGAUGAAGAGCCUCCUUUGUUAGAGGAACUUGGAAUUAAUUUUGAUCACAUAUGGCAGAAAACCUUGACUGUGCUAAACCCACUGAAGCCAGCAGAUGGCAGCAUCAUGAACGAAACCGAUCUCACAGGACCCAUCCUUUUCUGUGUGGCUCUGGGAGCCACGUUGCUUAUGGCAGGAAAAUCCCAGUUUGGUUAUAUAUACGGCAUGAGUGCCAUUGGCUGCCUUGGGAUUCACUCCUUACUGAACUUGAUGAGCUCUUCAGGGGUGUCGUAUGGCUGUGUGGCCAGUGUGCUAGGAUACUGCUUGCUCCCCAUGGUAAUCCUGUCCAGCUGUGCAGUUUUCUUUUCACUGCAGGGUACCAUUGGAACCAUGUCGGCCCUGCUCAUCAUUGCCUGGUGCAGUCUCUCAGCUUCUAAGAUCUUCAUCUCAGCCUUGGCCAUGGAAGGACAACAGCUUCUUGUCGCUUACCCCUGUGCCUUACUUUAUGGACUCUUUGCCCUUCUGACGGUUUUCUAA